AUGUACAUGCCACCUAGCUCAGACAUUGGGACUUAUGGGAUGCAAACCUGUGGACUGCUACCAUCUCUGGCAAAAAGAGAAGUCAAUCACCAAAACAUGGGUAUGAAUGUCCAUCCCUAUAUACCUCAAGUAGACAGUUGGACAGAUCCGAACAGGUCUUGCCGAAUAGAGCAACCUGUUACACAACAGAUCCCCACUUGUUCCUUUCCUACCAAUAUUAAGGAGGAGGAAACUAAUUGCUGCAUGUAUUCAGAUAAGAGAUCAAAAGUCAUUUCUUCAGAAGUGCCAUCAUACCAGAGGCUCGUCUCUGAGAACUGUUCUGUUGAGAACUCUGAGGUCCCCGUCCCAGGAUAUUUUAGGCUGAGCCAGACCUACGCCAGUGGGAAACCCCAAGAGUACAAUAAUAACCAAGAAACCAGUUCAUCCUUAAUGUUACAGCUAAAACCCCCGCGGCAGCUCCAAACCUCAGCUAUCUUCUCCACAUCAGAUGGAUAAGAAAAUGAAUGAAAACCCGGGCAGCCAAGACUCUUCCAAAGUGUCUGCUGGGGAAAGUCCAGAGUCCAAAUCUGCCCUGCAGGAGGACAGGAGUUGCCUGGCUGAGGUGUCUGUGUCCAGCCCAGAAGUACAAGACAAGGAAAGUAAAGAAGAAAUCAAGUCUGACACCCCAACAAGCAAUUGGUUAACUGCAAAGAGUGGCAGGAAGAAGAGGUGCCCCUACACUAAACACCAGACACUGGAGUUAGAGAAAGAAUUCUUGUUUAACAUGUAUCUGACGCGAGAGCGCCGCCUAGAGAUCAGUAAGAGCGUGAAUCUCACUGACAGGCAGGUCAAGAUCUGGUUUCAAAAUCGCAGAAUGAAGCUAAAGAAGAUGAGCAGAGAAAAUCGAAUUCGUGAACUGACCGCUAAUUUGACUUUUUCUUAA